CACUAAAUCUUAGCGCUAUUUUUUCCUCCUCGUCGUUGUCGUCGCGUUUAACUGAAAUAAUAAUAACAACAACAACAACGGGAGCAACAGCAGCAGCAACAGCAACAACAUCUAGCCCAAAGGAGCCUUGUAUUGCCACCUCGACCAGCAAAAAGCCGCCAAAAUGCUUCCGUUCCGGCGUGGAGCGGCCUGGCAAACGCUCUUCCUGCUCUGCGCUCUCGCCUAUUGCAUAAACGAAGCCAGCAGCGAGGGUCGCGUGGUCUGCUACUACACAAACUGGAGUGUCUAUCGGCCGGGCACCGCCAAGUUCAAUCCGCAGAACAUCAAUCCAUACCUGUGUACCCACUUGGUGUACGCAUUCGGUGGAUUCACCAAGGACAACCAGAUGAAGCCCUUUGACAAGUACCAGGACAUUGAGCAGGGUGGCUAUGCCAAGUUCACUGGACUCAAAACGUACAACAAACAGCUGAAGACCAUGAUUGCCAUUGGCGGCUGGAACGAGGCCAGUUCCAGAUUCUCACCAUUGGUGGCCAGCAACGAGCGCCGCCAGCAGUUCAUCAAGAACAUCCUGAAGUUCCUGCGACAAAACCACUUCGAUGGCAUCGAUCUGGACUGGGAGUAUCCGGCACAUCGUGAGGGUGGCAAGUCCCGCGAUCGGGACAACUAUGCCCAGUUUGUCCAGGAGCUGAGGGCCGAGUUCGAAAGGGAAGCGGAGAAAACCGGACGCACUCGCCUCCUCCUGACCAUGGCCGUGCCCGCUGGCAUCGAGUACAUCGACAAGGGUUACGAUGUGCCCAAACUGAACAAGUAUCUGGAUUGGUUCAAUGUACUGACCUACGAUUUCCACUCAUCCCACGAGCCAUCGGUCAACCACCAUGCUCCGCUCUACUCGCUGGAGGAGGACUCCGAGUACAACUACGAUACCGAGUUGAAUAUUGACUACUCCAUCAAAUACUAUCUGAAAGCGGGUGCAGAUCGGGACAAGCUGGUUCUGGGCAUACCCACCUACGGGCGAUCCUACACCUUGAUUAACGAGGAGAGCACCGAACUUGGAGCACCUUCGGAGGGUCCAGGAGAGCAGGGUGAUGCCACCCGCGAAAAGGGAUACUUGGCCUACUAUGAGAUCUGUCAGACCCUGAAAGACGAUCCCGAGUGGACUGUGGUGCAGCCGAAUGCCAAUGUUAUGGGUCCCUAUGCCUACAGACGGAACCAGUGGGUGGGCUACGAUGACGAGGCCAUCGUGCGCAAGAAGGCCGAGUAUGUGGUGGCGCAGGGGCUGGGUGGAAUCAUGUUCUGGGCCAUCGACAACGACGAUUUCCGCGGCACCUGCAACGGCAAGCCAUAUCCCCUUAUCGAGGCUGCCAAGGAGGCCAUGGUGGACGCCCUGGGACUGGGCAUCAACGAGGUGGCUAAGCCAAGUGGUCCGCAGAAACCCUCAAGAUCCCGUAGUCGCGAUAAUGCUAGCACCAGGAACCGUCUAAAUGGCAAGACCGAAGCUCCAGCCAGCUCCAGGAGGCCAAGUGCCCCCAGGAGGCCAGCUGUGAGCUCCACCACCCAAGCACCACCGCCGAGCACCACCUUUAAACUGACUGAAGCCGAGGGAUCCUCUCUUUACAUUGGAGGCAGGGCUUCUACCACGCCACCACCACCAACGACUCCGGAUCCGGGCUCGGACUUCAAGUGCGAGGAGGAGGGCUUCUUCCAGCAUCCCAGGGAUUGCAAGAAGUACUACUGGUGUCUGGAUAGUGGACCAUCGGGUCUGGGAAUCGUUGCUCACAUGUUCACUUGUCCAUCGGGUCUCUAUUUCAAUCCGGCCGCCGAUUCGUGCGACUUUGCCCGCAAUGUGCCAUGCAAAACCAAGAAAUCCACCACAGUGGCACCAGUGACCUCCACAACCCCGACAACCACUACAGUGCGUUCAAAUCGAGUGACAGCUGCUCCCACGGCUCGUCCGGUUUAUCCACGAACCACCACCAGCACCACCACAAGCACCACGACCACCACCACGACAAGGCCAGCCACAUUUGAUGAAGAUCUCGAGUACGAAGAGGACACCGAUGAGCUAUCGCCUAGCAAGUCUACCGAUGCUGAGGAGGAUCCACAGGUGAUCAAGGAGCUGAUCGACCUGAUUCGCAAAGUGGGUGGUGUCGAGCAGCUGGAGAAGCAUCUGUUGCGCAACAAGGAUGGAUCGAUUACUCUGAAGGAGAAUUCAGCCAGUGGUGCAGCCACCACACCAUCUACCAUUAGCAAAUCCCUGUACGAUCGUGUGCUAAGUCGACCUGGAACUUUGAGUUCCUUCACCCGCAAUCGUUUCAAGAUCAGCGAAGCCACGGAGACGAGCACGGAGCCCACUGCCUCGAGUAGUGGUUCUCCGAGUGGUUCGUCAAGUGGCACCUCCAAUAGCUACUCCAAAUACUCCUCAGUUCUGAGGGGCAACAGUCGCCAGGGUCCACAAAACGAAGGCAUUGAAAAGUUGGCCGAGUUUGAUGGCUUCUUGAAGGAACGCAAACAGUAUGUAACUAUUAAUCGACAUCGGUCUGCAAGUCAGGGAGAUGAGGAGGAGCAUGCAGAUCAGCAGGAGGAGGAGGAGAACCUGGCCGUGGUCGAGACAACCACCCGUCGUCCAUUGAGCUCAGUCACACCUUCGUACACAAGCCUCCGACGAACAAGACCCACCACAGUGUCUCCUCCGGCAGAGGAAUCCCACGAAGAGGCGGCGGAGCAACAAACACAGACUCAGGUCAAAUCCUAUGCCACCUUAAGUCGCACGCGUGGACGCACCACGGCACCACCAGAGGUCACGGAAUCGGCACCCAGUUCUACAACCAAUCGUUACAAGUACUUUGAGCGUACGCGACCCACCAAGAGUGCGACUGCCGAGGAUGCCGAAGAUCCCACGGAGGACGAAGAAGAAGAGUACGAUGACGAGCAAAAGGAAAUUGUUACGGUACAGAGCAAACAAACCACAAACACACGUAAAUAUGCGAGCAUCGGCCGCAGAACAACCACCACCACAACAGCAACACCAGAAACUACAACAACAACCGCCGGCACUGAGACUGCCAAGGCCAGCACCACCACCAACAACAACUACAACAACCACUACAACAGCAGCAAUAACAACAACAAUGCGAAACUGAAUAACCUAAUACCAACAGAAGAGAACAACACAGCAACACCCAGCACCACCGCCCAAUCCGAAACCACUUCCACCACACCUAACGAAACCACUGAACCAAAUGAAAGCACCUCAACCACCAUCACAUCCAUAACUAAUAACCUGCAUAUCACCACCACUACACCCACACCAAUUGUAGCCUCCACUGUCCCCACAACAACCACCUCUGAUGGCAUAAACUCAGACUCCCUGCUAGCCACCGAGCUGAGCGAAACCUCACCCACCCAACUUCCUCCCAAUCCCGACAUAGAGACAACUACACCGACAACGACCACCUCAACCACAACGACAACGGAAUCCGAACUGGCCAGCACAACAACCACACCGAAAACAACAACCACCACGGGCAACAACGAACUGAAUGACGUAAACAACGUGGACGAGGACAGCGAGGUAACAAAACCCAAGACCCAAUACAAGUAUGCGACCACCAACCGUCGACGUAUAACCACAACAACAACAACCACCACCAACAACAACAACAAUGCAGAAGCCGCGAACGAUGCUAGUCCUGUAAACGGUUUGAGUAGUUUAAAUAGCAUUAGAACCAACCCGGGCAGAAGGCAACCCCAACCAGAACAGACCCAAACAACAACCACCGAACCAAACCUUUCUAGUCCCCGACCCUUUGGUUAUCCCCGACGUCGCACACGACCCACAGCCAGCACUACCACUACCACCACAAUUUCCCAAACCGAUAAUAACGAUAACAAUACCGAUAAUAACGAUAACGAAACCGAUGCAGUUGCGCAAGUAGUGAAGAAGACACGACUAUCUGCAGGGGAUAGGCCCAAGGUGAGUGCCAGUCUUCCAACAGCAACAGCAAUCUCCAACUCACGAACAAAAACCUCCUCACUGCACCACCAAGAGUCCCAAGUAGAAGUAGAUGGUAACGGUGGCAAUGAUAGCUUAAGGCAUGAAGUAGUUAGCUCUAGUUUAAGUCAAUCCCAAAACCACAUCGAUACCGAUGCCCCACCCAGUACAACUCAGCAGCAUGUCAAGUACACUUGGCGCGGGGUGCGACGUCCGACAUCGCAGCGUACAGUGGUUCCCAAUUCUUUAGCGGGCGACGACAAGGACUCCCGACGCUUUGCCGGCAAGCAGUUGAACAACGAAGCAAUUGUGAAAGAGGAUCUACAACCGACCACCAAGUUCCGCAGUCGUCGCCUAAAUUCCGCCGAAGACGAGUCUGAAGUGGCCCUCGAGGUGGCCACCCAAACGACAUCUCAUGGCUCCCGCAGUUACCAGAGCAUCCAACGCUCCGCUACCAAGGCCACCACAGAUGACUCUCAAAUCCACUACAAAGCCAUCACUCGCGACUCCGAAGGUGGGGCCCAUCUCACCGCAGGGCGCAGUUCCAGUUUCGUAAGGAAUCUCGGUGAUGCGGUCAAACCCACUCAGCCACACCAACCAAUAAGCAGAGGAGGACAAAUCGUCGAGAGCACCACCGAAGAUGAAAAUGUUGCUGCUGAGAUAAUCGAUGAUGAAAAGCGAGGAGAGACCAAGGCGCCCGCUGGAAGUGUAAAUACGGAUGAUAGUAACACGGCUACCGAACAGGAGUCUCCCGAAAUUGUCACAGAAGCAGCACCACCACAACUGGAGAUUACCACUCUGCCCGCAGAAGCUUCAGAUGUGAGCAGCUCUUCUGAAGCAAUUGUUAGCACCGCUGAAGAAAUUAUCAGCAGCACUACCGAAACGAGCUCCGUUGAUACAGUGAUUAAAGGAGCUUUAAACAUUGAAACUAUCAAGCAGGCAAUUUCCAAGAGCAACAACGAAGAAUCUUCGACUGAAAUCAGCUCUUCCGAAGCUCCAGUUAGCAGCACAAUUACACAAUCUGAAGACUUCAACAGCAGCACCACUGAAUUAAAUUUGGAAGCUAUUGAAAAAGAAGCCUCUAGUAUCAACGAAAACUCCAGUGAAUCACCUGCAAGUAGUACAGAGUUAGCAGAGAACAGUAGCAGCACUAUCACCACAGAGCUUCCCCAAGAAGAAACGACUACAACUACAGAAAAACCUACUCGACGUGCUUUCAACCGCUCUAGCUCAACCACACCUGAAGCUGCGCCAAAAGAAGAAUCCACUUCAACCGCAAGCCCUAGACGCCGUGUUAUCGUGCGGACCAGAACCAGCACCACGGAACCAGAAGAAAGUGAAGUCCAGACAACCACAGAAGGUCCAAAACGACGCGGUUUCUACAGAACCAGCACCACAGAGGCAUCUAGUAGCUCUGCUGAUGCAGAAAGCGAAGUCCAGACAACCACCGAAGGUCCAACGCGUCGUUCUUUCUUCAGAACUAGCACCACUGCGGCAACUAGCAGCACCACCGAAGGACCCAGUAAUCCCACUGAACCAGAAAGUGAAGUCGAGACAACCACCGAAGGUCCCACGCGUCGUUCCUUCUUCAAAACCAGCACCACUGAGGCUCCUAGCAGCACCACUGAUGCCCGAAGCAACACUUCUACUGAAGAAAUCGAUAGCAGUUCCAUUGGCGAUGAGGUUGAAGCAGAUGCAACCACCACUCGUCGUUCGCUUUUCCGCAAGCAGACGUUGACCACCACAGAAGCCACAACCACAACAACUACAGAAGAAAUCGACGUGAGCAGCUCCACCAGGCGUAGCUUCUUCCGCACUAGCAGCACCACAGAUGGCACCACAACAACAACCACCACGGAUGCGGCUAAGGAGGCUGAAAACGAGACAACCACUGCCCUGCCACGACGACGAGUCAUAGUCAGAGGCAGUUUUAGGCCACGCAAAGAGGGAGACCUCUCCUCUCUUCUAGCGGCAGAUGCCAACAAAAGAGCCAGAAACAACCACGGCACCACGAGCACAGAAGCACCUAGUGGUCAUUCGUCUUCUUCCGAGGAAGAUACAUCGGAGCAACAAGAACCGCAAACUGUGGAGAGGCCUAGCAGUGGUCGCACUUCGUUGAAUGCCGUUCGUAACCGCACAACCACAAAAACAGAGAGCUUAGGAAAUGGAAUCACUCGUACUCGCACUAGCUAUGUGCGCACCCUGGACGCAGGGCAAAAGGUUGUGAAGCGCAUCCACACCAAAACCGUGGAGGAGAAACCCGCGGAGUAUGAGUACAUUGUCGAAGAAAAAACCCACCCACCACCGCCCAGCACCACCCCACGCACUGUGACCCGCAAUCGAGGAUCCGUCCGCUUUGAGAGCAAUGAUCUUUCUUCCCUGCUCGCCCUGGACUUUGCCUCCCGUAGCAACCGCAAAAAGCAAGCCCAAACCGAGACGACGGUGACCAAAACGAGAAGACGUCUUCUCAAAAAGCCCAAGGAAACCAUCGAGCACGAAGAGGUUGAAGAAUUCGAGUACGAAGCGGGUCACGAAGCUGGUAACGAUGUGGAGGAGACACCACGUGCAAGCACCACAGCCAGGACUAUAAUCCGAAGAACCAGACCGACUAGAGGUAGUACGACGACUACAACAACAACCACUGAAAUACCAAACGAAAUCGAAGCCAGUACUCGCAGGGCUAGCUUCGCCUUUAAGCGACCCUCGAAAGCCAGCACAUCAACUGAAGAACCUACAACUACCUCCACAGAACCAUCCCCCUCAUCAGAAUCCACCACAAGAAGAGUUCUCGCCUACAGAAGACCUGUGAGCACAACAACAACUGCGGCUCCAGUUGAAGAUAAGUCCACGGAGGAAUCAACCCUUGCCUCUGUAGAAGCCACGACUAAAAGAGUUAUUUCGUUCAGAAGACCCGUGAGCACAACAACCACUACAGCUUCAGUAGAAGACGAGUCUACAGAGGAAGCAACUUCUGCCUCCGUUGAAGCCACCACCAGAAGAAUUCUUGCAUUCAAAAGACCCGUGAGCACAACCACUACUGCCGUUUCAAAAGAAGAUGAGUCCACAGAGGAGGCCACCUCUACUUCCACGGAAGGCACCACCAGAAGAGUUCUCGCCCACAGAAGACCCGUGAGCACAACGACAACUACACCAGUUCCCGUUGAAGAUGACUCUACAGAAGAUCAGUUGACGGCGGCCAAGCAACAGUUUGUAAAUCGCCUCAAAACCAGCACCACUACGACAACAACCACCACAGAAGCGACCUUAACCACCACCGAAGAAGAUUUAAGCGAUCUUAAAGUGCAGCUUAGCAACGCCAUAAACCGUUUGCAGACAGAGAAUAAAUUGGAAAGCCAAACUAUCACCAAGGGAAGUGAAACGUCCGAGGAUGAGGGCGAUGAUAAGCUUUCCUUACCGAUUUACCAUAGAAGAAAGUACUAUCAGUACGUGAAGGAUUCGCCGAUUACGUACAUAGACAAGUCUUCCGCACCACCAGACAUUGACAGUGUAACUGUGAACAUUAAACAGCAAAUCCAUGAUGUUUUCAAUGUGAGUGAAAAUGAAACCCCAAGCAAUUCCCUAGGCGAUGAGGGAGAAAGCGAUGACCAUCGCCUGGCGAUGGAACAGGCCAAGGAAAUUAAUGCCGAACUCGGUCAUUUUUUAUUGAAAACCCCCGGGUCAAAAACAAAGUCCCAGAGACAGGGCAAGACCUUUAAAACGAUACCACUAGCACCAGACUCAAGCAACGAGACCUCCAAGAUUGUGAGCUUUUCUCUCCUAGAAGAAAAGGAAAGAAGCGAAGACGACGCGAGGGCUUUACGCACCUACACCAGACUAAACCGCACCCGCUUGACCCUGUCCACCAGAUUGCAGGAGAAGACCCCAAAUGAAUCACAAGAUACAACAACCAGAAGAAGCUACAGCGUUCCGCAGCGCUUCCGUGUUCGCUCAACGACACCCACACCAUCACCUAAGGAAAAUAGCGAAGAGGACGAUGAAGAAGAAUCCCUAGUGGCCAGUUCAACUACUGAAUUACCAUCCAAUAGCUUCAAAAAGUUCCCGACUAGAAGAGUUUUCACCCCCAGAAGACCCGUAAAUGCAGUGGUGGAUUCCGAUUCUUUUAAUACUGACAACGACAACGAUAAAGAGUUAAAGGUGAAAUCAACGACAAGGCGCACCUAUGCCGGCUUUAACAGAUUGAGAGGCAGGGGAACUACCACCACAACAACCGAGGCAGCCACUGAUUCAACUACCAAGGCAGCACCCACAACCGCGAGAAGCACAAGGCAACCAUAUGUGGGCAUUAAUCGCAGAAUUACGACAACGACAUCCGCAACCUCAACAACCACUGAAAAACCAGGAGAAAAUGAGUUGGAAAAAAGUGAAAAUGAUAAUGCAGAUGAAGAGUCAACCACUAUAAGUUCUCAGAGUGAAGUAAACGAUGCUAUUGAGAAAAAUAAGGUUGAAAUUAAAGAAACUGAAGAUGUUGAUAAGAAAGCUCCCGAUGAGGAAGGCGACAGCACUGAAGAGCCCGAAUUGGAAGCCCAUAUAGACGAUGAUGAUGAAAUUAAAGAAACUGAAGAAGUUGAGAAGAAAGCUCCCGAAGAGGCAGGCGACAGCACUGAAGAGCCCGAAUUGGAAGCCGAAAUAGACGAUGAUAAUGAAAUCCCUCUGCUAGAAAGCGGAGCUUCUACAGAAUCCACUACAACUACGACAACAACAACAACAACCACCAGUUCUCCGACAAGCUCUACCACACGUCGUCAGUUGGUAAUUCGUCGCCGUUUUAAUAGCACCAUAACAACAACCACCACGGCCUCCCCAGUGGAUGAUGAAAAUCUAGAGAAUGAGAUCGAUCAACAUGAUACGGAGAGUUCAACACCAAAAGCGGCAACUACAACUCCACCAAGGCGGCAACUUUUGAUACGCCGACGCUUCAAUGCGACCGUCACACAACCAACAAAAACGACAACCGCAAAUCCCAGUGCCGACAAUGAAAUAGAUCAGGGCGAGCUAGCUACGGCGUCAACAACAACCACACGACGACCGCUUUUGUCACGUCGUCGAUUUAAUGCGACUUCCAUCAGAACAACCACGACGGGAUCAACGAACGGCGACGAGAUAAGCACACGUCGUCCGUAUGCGGCCUUGAACCGCUCACGUAAUCGCUUUACAACACCGCGAGCAACAACCACCGACGGUGGGGAAAAUGACGGCGAUGACAGUGAUGACGACGAUGAGGAUGAAGAGCAAGUGUCGCAGGUGCCACCGCCACGUGCCGUCUUCCUUCAAACAAACCGCCAUCGAGCACUUGAACGCACACCCGAAGAAGAAGAGGAGGAGGAGACUGCAGCUGUGGUGCCAGCACGUAAACCACCCAGCUUUGCAGCUCGUCGCACCACCGCAGCACCACCGAGACUUAGCUCCAGCACAAGACGCAAUCUAGUGGCACUCAAUAGAAAUCUGUACCACAAAGCGGAGGGAUAUGAUGAUCAGGAUGAAGAAGUGGAAGAACCCGAAGAGGAGUACGAUGAAAACGUGGAUGGGGAGAAUGAACAAGAUGAAUCCGUAGAUCCUCAAAUCACAAGCACCACCGCACGUUCGCGACUUAGUCAACUGCUUGCCAAUAGGCAAAGACAACCACUCAGGACAACCACCCAAAAACCGACAGAGACAGAUAGCAACACCCUUACGAAAACUGACUCGGACAGUGAAAAUGAAAAGGAAGAAAACGAUGAUGAUAAUGACGAUAGCUCCGCCGAGGUAUCAAACAGUAACCACACACUAAACCACAGCAAUACUCUGGGGGGAGGCACCACUAACUUUAACAAUCUUACUAACCGUAGCACCGCACUGAAUGUAGCUAGUCAACGUAGUAACAGCACCGUAGCCAAUUAUAUUAAUCGUUUCAAGUCAAACAGUUACACAACCAACAACAAACCAGUCACAGUCACAGCUAAUCUUAAGCCAGUUAGUCCAGAUAACGAUGAUGUUGAAGAUGAUAAUGAUAAUGAUAAUGAUAACGAUGAUGAUAACGAUGCUAGUCUAGAGAAUGAGGGGAAGGAGAAAACGAGUGGGGCUGGUUUGAAUGCCUUAGGUAAUGAUGUUAAUUCCACACGACGCUUUCAGAAUCGUUAUCAAUUGAGCCGCACCAGAGGCAGCACCACCAACACCACCCCAACAACCACAACAACACAACAACCCCAAACAACAACCACCGCCAGAAGAUUGGCCUUUGGGGGCCGUCAGCGUGCCCAGGUAACUAAACUAACCCUAGUCGAUGAGCAGACUGAUGAGACCGAGACUAAGGGGGAUGCCCACAAAGAUGAAGAAGAGGAGAAGGAGGAAGAAGACUCCAAUGCAACCACAGCAACAACCACCACCACCAGCAGACCAACACCAAAGCGCAUACGUGUGCUUAAAUUCCGCAGACCCUUGAAUAGCAAUAGCAAUAGUACCACUGUAGAUAGCUCCACUAAUAGCGCCACUGACACUAACCCAGACACCACCACAGCCACACCAACAACAUUAAGCCAAAGCACCACCAGCAACAACAACAACACGACAAGCACCACUGGCAACAAGCGUUUCCGCAAGAUUGUCCGCAAAUUGAGGCCAGUGGACUCAAGUACCGAGUCUAGUGUGGAUAAUUCCGAAGAACCCACCCGUAAACCUUUCGUUCCCAGCCACACCAGAUUCGCUGAUCAGGAUAAUGAUCUAGUGAAUCUCCGCCAGCGCAUCAAGGAGCAGCAAGCACGAGGUGAGCCCCAGGAUGGAGUAAUUAGCAAUCGAUUCAAGACAUUGGGUCAAAAGGACGAUCAGGAUGUGUCGGACUUGCAGAAGUUGAGAGACAAAGUGAAGGCAGAGCAAGCAAGGGGAGAGGGAGAACAGGGCGUGAUUAACGACCGUCUAAAGAAGCUGCUGGCCGAGAAAGGCACAACCAGCACCACUAGCACUCGCCAAAGAGAAGAAUCUUCCGCUGAUGACGAGUCUUCAUCAGUUUCCUCGGCCAGACCGUUCUUUAAACGCAAACUGGUUGCCCGUAGACCCUAUACGCCACCCUCGGCCAGCGGCGGUGGCACCACCAAGGCCCCACUGGCAUUCAGCACCACCCGACCCACGGUGAAAUUUGUGCGCAAGAAGAACGGCCGAUUUGAUCCCUUCAACUCGAGUGUCCGCAAUCGCGGCGAGGGUUUUGUGAGAAGCGAUCCUCGAGGCUCCAGAUUACCGGGAGCCGAUCGCUUUAAGUCCCAGGGAAACAACGAGGAUGAUGAGGAGGUGAAAGUUCGCCAUGAGCAACCGCUGAAGAAUCAGUUUGGCACCACUUUGCGCAGACCUUUUGUACCCAAGACGCGACCAGUUUUGGAUAGAACCAAGCCACAGCAGGAAAAUGAGGCAGAAGACAGCGAGGAGGAGGACGAGGAGGAGGAUUCCGAGGAGGAAGGCGAUGAAGAGGAGGAUGAAGACGAAGACGAGGAAGAGAAGAAGAAGGCAGCGGUUGGGGAGGAAAAUCCACAAGAGGAUAACGGCCAAGACAAGCCCAAGUUCAAUUCUCCUUACAAACCUAAGGAUAACCGAGUAUUGCCUGGCAGCCGUCCCACAUUCGGAGCCACCGGAAGUGGGUCACCACCCACAGCAUCCGGAAAUGUACCCUUUAAUCCCCGCAAUCGUCCAUCCAGCUCGGCCAACGCGAAUAGCACACCGGCUAACCGCUUUGGCACCACAAAGCGACCCCGAGUCGUCAACCGACCACCGGGAGUGGCCUCACCGAACUUGACCUUGAAACCGGUGGCCAGCGAUUAUGAGCGCACCACACCGCUAACACCACUGAAACCGGCGCCAUUUAUACCCAGCAACAACAGGAGUUACGAGCGGAAGUACACGGGUCCAUCCACGGAGGCCGCGGAGACGGCCAGCGAGAAUUCUCUGAUCGAAGAAUUGAAUAUCGAUGCACUGAAUGCGAGGAACAAGAAGAUCUUUGACAAGCACAGCAAGAAGCAUCCUGCCCUAAAGCCCAAGGUGGUCAAGGUGGAAUCUGAAACGGAAACGGAAACGGGAGCAGAGGUGGAAACCGGAACGGAGGUGGCGGUGGAAGAAGAAACCACCGAGGAGCAGCAGCAGCUGGAGCAGGGCUUUGUGACCACCACACCCAGUACACCACCAUCACCACCACCACCAGCACCACCCAGCACACAGUCAGACACAGCCACCACCACAGACACGCCACCAGAAACUGAAACCGAAACUGAUACAGAAACUGUAACCGAAACUGAAACAGCGACCAAUGCUAAUGAAGCCACUUCCAUCAAUUCACAGGAUCAAUCCCUCUCGAGCACCACUCAAGCACCACCGCCGGCCACCACCUUGCUGCAUGUGUUCACCCUGCUCGAGGGCGAGGGCCCCGAAGAGGAGCCGACGACAAGAAGGCCGACCCAGGCCCGUCUCCAUCCCACCAUACAGACGGAGGUGGUGCCCAAGCACAAGUUAAUUGAGAUCAAUCGCAUUGUCGAAAUUAAUUCCAAGCAGGCCAAGGCUGCCCAGAGGAAAUCGAAGGCCAAUCAUGACUUUGGCACACUGCGCGUGGAGUCCCUGCCCCACGUGGAGCAGCUGGGCGAGAUCAGUGUGGUCAAGUAUGUCCAUCUGGUGGAUGGCAGUGAUAUUCAGAUCAACGAUGGGCACAGCACAGUGGCGGACUAUACGCCCACCGAACCCACCUUUUCGGGGGCUCAGAGUCCCGCCUCGGCGCCGGUGAGGAAUUCUCUGCCGGAAACCGAAGGAGGCACCGACACCGAUCGCAAUGGCAAGUCUUUGGUACCCGAAGUCCUAACUGGCGCCUUGGAGACCUCGACCAUCUCGUUGGAGGGACUCUUCGAUUCAGCCCGCAAGGGCAAGCAACUGAGCAGCAAUAGCAUUAUCGCCGAAACGGAGACGGAGGAGAGCACCACCAUUAGCAGUAGCAGUGCCUCGGCCACCGAAACCGGGGAGACCACCACAGCGGCACCCACUUACCUGCGACAACCAGCGACUGGCAGCGUUUCGCGGCGACCGGUGUUGAGUGUCCGCCGGCGGAUUAUCAACUCACCGACGUCGGCGGCGGUGGAAACCACCACGCAGCAGCCAGCAGAACCACCAACGACCUCCAAAUACAACCGACUGCGCAGCAGACCCUCGGCAGCAGCAGCAACAACAACCGCAGCAGCAGCAGCAACAACAGCCUUCCCAGCAGCAACAUCUGCUGCUGGCGGCAGAACCAGCAGCAACAUCUACCUGAACAAGCUGAAAGCCAAGAGCGGAGCAGCAGCGGCCGCAUCCGGCGAGGCAGCAACACUGACGCCAGCAACAAGCAACAUCAGCAGCAGCAGCAGCAACAUCAGCAGCAGCAACAUCAGCAGCAAUGACAUCACACAAAAGCAACACAAGUUUCAGCCCGCCAGCUUCGCGCUGCGUCGCCAAUUUCAAACGCGUCGACUGACAACCUUCGCACCGGCGGCCAACGGCGACGAGAGUGCCACCGAUGUGCCAAGAACCCAGAACCCGCUUUUUAAGCGACGCCUUACUUUGAUAUCUACCACACCGCCAUCCGCUCGCACCACCAACCCACCAAAUUCUGGCCUGGAAACCACCACCACUCUGUAUUUGAACGACGACGAUGAGGACCAAGUGGCCAAGUCGAGCAUUCACACCAGCCGCUUCAACCAGAUCCCGGAGCAAGUGCGUCCUCGAGAGGAAUACGAACUGGCGUUGCCCCCUGCUGCCCCGCAACCACUGAAAAGCACCACCACCACGGCCAGCACCACCGCCAAUGCACCACUGCCGGUUGUUAACCAGGGCAUACGACGCCAGUUGAUACCACGCCCGCGUCGGCCGCAAUCGACGACGGACACGCCCCUGACCACGCCCACCUCGGGCCCAUCCACGCCGGCUGGACACUCGGCUCCUCCACUUUCCCGCCGCCAGCAGAGUCGCCGUCGUCCGCACAAGUACAUCGAGGUCUACAGCCGCCCGCCGGCCAAGAGCGCCGUGCUCACGGCCACCUCGAGCAGUCAGCUCCUGGAGGAGGGGUUCCUGGGCCAGAGCCAGGUGGCCCAGAGACGACGCAGCGGAAGCAUUUCGCUGGCCAAGGGCGACCCCAAGGUCAUCGUCCACGGGCGGGGCAUCAUCGAGUGCCGGGCGCAGGGCAACUUCCCACAUCCCCUGAACUGCAGGAAGUUCAUAUCCUGCGCCCGGUUCGAGGAGACCGGCGGCAUCGUGGGAUGGGAGUACACCUGUCCCAAGGGACUCACCUACGACGGCGUCGGCGGGAUGUGCACCUGGUCGCCCUCGGAUCAGCCCUGCCGGGACUAGACUGAUAAAACACAGCCCCUAAGCCCCCUAAGCCUGUAAAUCCGAAAUCAUGUUCCCCUUCGCAUCGAUCAAAAAACCAAGCCCAUUCCCCUUUUAGACACCAUGUUGUAUAUGUUCUUUCCCAAUUUGUGAUUAGUUCUGCUGAGGUUGAAAACAAGAGAGAUGGAAGUUGAAAUUCUACGUUAAUUAUUCUUAUUUAAGCUUAGUGAUAUCUCAACCCAAUUUUUUUUGCGCCUGCCAACUCAGUAGUAAGCAAGAAAUAUUGUCUGUAGUUCAUCGUCCCAUAUAUAUAGCGCCAUAUAUGUGUGGUUGUGCGUGUGUACGCUAUAUACCAUAAUGGAUAAUAUGCUUUCUUUAUCAAAUAAACAUAUCAUGUAAUCCAAAAGCAUGGCUGAUUUAUUGGGGUGGGAAUGAGAAUUUGCUUAUGGCACUCUUUAAAAAUAAAUAUGAAUUAUAUAGUGCAAAGUUGAAUAAGUUUUUUGUCUGACUUUUCUGGGAAACGUAUAAAAUGGAUAUGCCACCUAAAUAGUUAUAGUAUGGAUUU